CUCUUCAGCUUUGAGUGGCAGAUCUCAACAAAUUUCUGAUUAUUGUAUUUGAUGUAGAAGAUGGCGACAACUCUGAGGGGAAAAGAAAUCACGGUGCUGUAAUCGGUGUAGUCAUGUUCAUCCUCGUAGCUGUAGUUAUCCUCGGAUUGAUCCACAGGAGACGACACAACGAACAAUUGCAUGUCUUGUCGAGGUUCCUAGGACAGUUUGCGAAUCAGACUCCUGCGUCUUUGGAUGAAGUUGAUCCUGAUGCCACUUACGCAAGCCUUGAGUACCCUACUGACGAUCUCUACCAAGCAAUGACCUCAGUUAACCUCCAACGCGAGAUUUAUGAGGAAACUGAUGCAGAAAUCUACGAAAACCUUCAAGUCAUCUCGGUGUAGACUAUGGACCGUAGGAUCUUGUUCAUACAGCAGUAGUAGACUUCACAACAAACGGCAAAGUCGUGUCACUUGCUUGAAGUGAGGUGUUCCUGUAUCCAUUUUUAACUAUCCGCUAAGUGAAGGUGCUGUGUUUCCGUAACAAAGAGGUAAGGGACAUAAACUGCAACAAGUUGCUUAGAGUGUGCUGUUUCAUAUUUAUACCUCGAGGUCAGGCCUGAGAAUAUGUGAAAGCCACAACUGCAAAUGUCGCUGUUCACCAUCUCUCUUAGCCCAACAUGCUAAAAAAAAACACAUGCGGGGUAAGGCAAGUGACAAACGUCUGAGCGUGGGACCUGAUGUUUGAUGGCAUGAGCGCUAUUAAACAGACACAAACUUUUGAAUUUCAAAUUUAAUCUGUUUUGAUUCCUUCAGUUUUAACAAACACGUCAGUUUAAUAAAAACUAUUCCAGCCUGAAUGUGUUUCUGUUUGUAUUGUGUGUCUGCUCGCUGUUUUACCUUCAGGGCUUCAUCAAGGGAAAGCAGAAGCAGACCCCUAAAAAGCACACUUCCUUUUCAGAAGUGCUCACACUGGUGCGCACCUCUCUGAGUGCAGCACAGAGUUUGAGGUUUAGGUGACUAGAGAAUAUAUUUCAGAAGGGUUUGCUGGUCCUCCUCGCUUCGGUGUUGAAUACACUCUUAGCAGCUGUCGACCAGAAUGGAAACACUGAAAGUGUGCCUUAUUCUGCUUCUGAGCCAAACGAUGCACUCUAACUCUGAAGUGAUACAAGAGUAUCUUGAGAAGACCAUUGAUAAAGAACCAGAUGUCACUCCACUAUGCACCAAUACAACUGAGAAUGUUAUCACAUUUAUAGUUUGUAAGAUCAGAACUGAGAUGCACCAGGAUAAAGAUUGUCAUCUUUUGUAUGAUCAUGGACAAGGCUUUCAACAUGAAUGUGGCUCCAGCUUCUUGCUGAAAAAAAUGAACCAUACUAUAUCUCUCCAUCUGACUGAUUUAAAAUUAGUUGAUAGUGGAAACUACACAUGUCGGUGUUCAUUUCGUGGUGGAACAUACACUCUCCAUCUCAAUAUCACUGUGAAAGAUGAUGAAAGCGUCAGAAAUUCUACAGAACCUAUAAUCAUUUGUGCUUCAACUGCAACAGUCAUCUUUGUAGCUUUUGUUAUCCUGGGAUGCAAAUACAGAAGACUACGCCGUCGAACUCAACUGGAAGCAAUGAGCAGGGGGGCGUAUACAGACAUCGAGCCGUACAGCACCUUCAGGCGGACAGAAAGUGGACUUUAUUCCACCGUCAAUCUGCAGGACCCCCAAACGAAGCAGGCAAACACAUUAAAAGGAGAUGACGGGAAAGGUUUUGUAGAAUAGCGCCUUCUUUUUAUCCUCACGUGACCUGUUGCUCAGCUGAAGUGUAGUUGGGCCUGUUGUCCACAAGGUGUCAGCAUUUGGACUGUUAAUUGCAAAAGUGCUUCAAAUCUGACAGCUGUGCUGUAACAAUGAUUCAAUCUGGUGAAUAAAUGGUUAAAAACA